GAGACAGGCUCGACCGGAGAAGGGCCGCCCGCGCCGCUGGAUCUUCUCGGGGACUAUCAACAGGGAGCUCAGCCGACGACAGAGCCAGGAGCUGGGGGUAUGAACGCCGCGAGAAUCCGCUCCCAUCCUCCGCUGCCCGGACCCCUGUCCGACUGACAACCGCCGGAUCAGCAUCUACACGGAAGCAGCUCUCGGACGAACCCAGUAUCGGACACAACUUGCAGCCAUGGAGCUGAGAGUGGGAAACAAGUACCGGCUCGGGAGAAAGAUAGGAAGUGGCUCCUUUGGUGACAUCUAUCUUGGUGCCAACAUCGCCACUGGUGAGGAGGUGGCCAUCAAGCUGGAAUGUGUGAAGACCAAACACCCACAACUGCACAUCGAAAGCAAGUUCUACAAGAUGAUGCAAGGAGGAGUCGGUAUUCCAUCGAUAAAGUGGUGUGGUGCGGAGGGAGACUACAACGUGAUGGUAAUGGAGCUUCUCGGUCCCAGUCUGGAGGACCUGUUCAACUUUUGCUCCCGAAAGUUCAGCCUGAAGACCGUCCUGCUUCUGGCGGACCAGAUGAUAAGCCGCAUUGAGUACAUCCACUCCAAGAAUUUCAUCCAUCGGGAUGUGAAGCCUGACAACUUCCUCAUGGGACUCGGCAAGAAGGGCAACCUGGUGUACAUCAUUGACUUUGGCCUGGCCAAAAAAUACCGUGAUGCCCGCACGCACCAGCACAUCCCUUACAGGGAGAACAAGAACCUGACUGGCACGGCACGCUACGCCUCCAUCAACACACAUCUUGGAAUCGAGCAGUCUAGACGUGACGACCUGGAGUCUCUGGGCUAUGUCCUCAUGUACUUCAACCUGGGCUCCCUCCCCUGGCAGGGCCUCAAGGCUGCGACCAAGAGACAGAAGUAUGAACGAAUCAGCGAGAAGAAAAUGUCCACACCUAUUGAGGUUCUUUGCAAAGGCUACCCUUCUGAGUUCUCCACAUACCUGAAUUUCUGCCGCUCACUUCGUUUUGAUGACAAGCCAGACUACUCCUACCUUCGACAGCUCUUCAGGAAUCUGUUCCACCGACAGGGCUUCUCCUAUGAUUAUGUCUUUGACUGGAACAUGCUCAAAUUUGGUGCCAGUCGGACAGCUGAGGAUGGAGAGAGGAGGCCGGGAGAUGAGAGGGAUGAGCGGAUCGGAGGAGUCCCCAGGGGGUCUGCGACGCGAGGCCUUCCCCCGGGUCCCAACCCCAUAGCUCCCAACAGAGUCAGGAAUGGGCCAGAACAGGCAGUCUCUAACCCAGCCUCACGGGUCCCGCAGUCUGGGAACACGUCGCCACGUGCAAUUUCUCGUGCAGAGAGGGAAAGGAAGGUGAGCAUGCGUCUCCAUCGUGGAGCUCCUGCCAACGUAUCGUCCUCUGACCUCACGGCCCGUCACGACCAGUCCAGAAUUUCCACAUCCCAGGUCAGCGUGCCAUUUGAGCACAUGGGGAAGUAGAACUAUUUUGGCUCUGCAUGCACAUGGAAUUGACAGGGCUGCAAGAUGAGUCCAUCGCUCUGUUUUUUUUUCCUUUGUUUUUUACCUUGUCUAUUACAAGAUGAUUGCCAAUGGACACGUGGAUCUUUGGAAAAGGACAGUAAUUUUUUUUAAAGGAUCCAGAGAAGUACAUUACAGCAUCCACCAUGCACUCUUUCAUGAACCCUUUUGCUGAUCCCUGGAUCUUCACCACCACCACUAUACAAAAAAAACCAACUAAAUAAAUGAAAGACAGUGCUUAGCCAUUGUUACUCCCUGGUUGCUCUUACCUGUUUCCCCCCCCUUCCUCAAAGCAUUCCCUCAAUACCCUCUGUCUGACAAAUGUGAACUGUUAGCAUCAAAGAAGCAAAAUGGUAUCAGGGACACACGCAUGUUAUGAUAUAGGCUUAGUACAGAUUUAUCCUUUUCAGUUCAAUCAGCAAAAACAACCUUGAAAUGAAUUAUGUCUCUCCUUCGUGAAGACAUCUUAAAUCGAACCUUAUUUUUGAGUUUACGUUCUGUGUAUUUUUUCAAAGAGGUAACUGCUAAACGAUGAAGAGGUAGGCGGGGAGAGGGGUAGAGCACAUAAAGAAAGGAAACUUUGAAAAGGACAAGUAAGUGAUGUUUUAGCUGUUGUACAGUAACGUUUCUGGUGAAGUAGGAAGUGGUCCUUGCUUGCCCUUCAUCCAUCCAUGUUGUGACUAUGUUCUUUUCCUCAAACUCGGCCACCAAAACCUCCAACACCCCUUUUUUAUUUUGCCUGUUCUUAAUUGUGUGCUUUCUUUUGGGUUUUCAUGCGAGUGGGUAAGGUGAAGAAUGACCAUAGAUAUUGCAAAGACACACUCCCCAAGUCUUGAGGGACGCUCCUCAGGAAAUUCUCAUUGUAUUUGACCAGAGACCAUGGCUGCCCGUUUUGGCUAACAAAUAGCGGCUGCAAUUUUUAUGAUAGUUCUUAAUGUUACCUUUUCUUUUUUUUAAUUUCUAUUGUUUUUAUUAUUGGAGGCCAUGAGGGGGGCGGGUGGGCAGGAUCUGAUAGGGAUUACCGUGGGGGGGGGCAUCCAAUGAUUUUUAUUUUUUACGUUUACUCCAUUGUAAAUAUUUUUUUAUUUUGAUGUAAAGGCAAAAUGUGGUUUUGUUUUAAUACUGUAAAGUAGAAUAAUAAUGCAUACUAUUGACAACUAGGGGCUGGGUUCAGAAGUUUAGGUAUUUAAAGUACUAAAAUGGUGGGAUGGGCUACUAUUGCUUUGCCAGCUGGGUCAUCCCGUGUGUGUGCGCGUGUGUUUGUGUGUGUGUGUGAGAGAUAAUAAUGAUACAGAAAAUCCCUGCUAA